AUGCAAUAUUGCACAUUAUUAACAUCCCUAAAUAACUCUGUCUUCAGAUUUUGCACAAAACUCCAGUCUGUCACUCUUCCACCUAAUAUUGUUGAAAUAAAAAGUGGAUGUUUCAAUGCAGCUUCUUUAUCUUCUGUUUCCAUUCCAGAUUCAUUAGAAACUAUUGGCGAAUGGACAUCAAAAGAUGGAGGUGUUUUUGCAGGAAGUAUUUCCUCAAUCACGAUCAAUCCGACAUCAAAACUAAAUAAGAUAGGAAGUGGUGCCUUCUCUAAUUCAAAAUUAAGUUCAAUUUACAUUCCAAAAUUAGUUACCAUUUUAAUUCCUUCAUGUUUUGAAAAAGUUCCGUUAGAGACAAUAAUAAUUGAUCCUGCAAAUAAAUUCUUCAAAGCUGAUAAAAUGUCUAUUUUUGGCGGAAAUAAUAAUAAUACUUUAUUAUUCGUUUCUGUUCGUUAUACAGGAGCAUAUACUGUUCCUAGUUACGUAACAAAUAUCGCCUCUCAAGCCCUCAAAUAUAAUAACAUGGAAAGCAUUAGUAUCCAUAGUGAAGUCUCUAUAAUUGGUGAAUGGGGUUUUGCAGGAUCGAAUUUAGUAGAAAUUGUGUUGCCAGAAAAAAUACAUAUAAUUUCUCCAUAUCUUUUUGAAUUGUGCCAAAAUUUGAGAAGUGUGAAGUUUUCAAGUGCAUUAACAAAUAUCGAAACAAGUGCUUUUUAUGGAUGCAGUUCACUAACAAGCAUCGUGUUCCCACAAACAUUAGUCGGUAUCGGUGAGUCUGCGUUCUAUGGAUGCACAAGUCUCGUCAUCAAUUCAAGUCAGAAUUCUAAUUUCAAGUAUGAGAACCAGAUGCUUCUCACUGACCAGAAGACGACGAUCUCCGAAUUCUUUGGUGAUAACUCUAACCUCGAAAUCACAGCACCUCUCGGAACUACGACAAUUGGUUCACGAACAUUCAUGAACAAACAUCUGAAAACUAUCAAAUUCCAAGGCAACACGCUUACUCGUGUUGGUGAUUUGUGUUUUACAUCUUCAACUAUCCAGAGUAUUUCAUUUCCCGAUAGUUUGAGCAUCUUAGGAACCAACUGCUUUGAAGGGUGCCAAUUUCUGACAAGUGUUUCUUUCUCUAACGCAUGUCCUAUCACAGAGAUUCCAGAAAGGUGUUUUUACAGCUGCAAGAAUCUUCAGAUCUUGACAUUACCAACGUCUAUUACUACAUUGAAGUCAUAUGCAUUUUUCAACUGCAUCAGCAUCAGCGACAUCGGUCUUAGCAACACACACGUUUCUGUAAUCGAAAAUUACUGUUUCAUGAAUUCAGGAAUCAGAUCUCUGUCUUCAUCCUCUAAGAUAUCAUUAGGCUAUGGCAGUUUCACUAACAGCAAUAUU